UAUCGCUCCGCCGGCAGAGGAAAUGCUCCUAGACCAAUCACAUCUGUGUUUACACCAUCACCUGUCAAACACACACCCUCUGCUAUAUUUUCUCUCUGAAAGGAGCUGAAACACACACUCACACUGAAGCGCCUACGGUAGCCACUAACUGGACGGACUCUCUGGCAAUUGACCUUUUGCAGUGGAAUAGCGGAAUAAGUCUUGAACCAUGAGCUCAGUGGCAGUGUUGACCCCGGAGAGCUUUGCGGAGCAUCGCAGUGGCCUCAAGGACCAGGAGAUUACAGGCUGCGUCCCGGAGGAUGAGGCCUAUAUCCCCACCUACCUGGAGGCCUUCCCUCCGCUGCCGGAGAAGGGGGCACCAGGGGAAAAGGCAGGAGAGCCGGCUUCAGCAUGGGGGAGCAAGAUCAGGCCCAUCAAAGCCUCUGUCAUUACCCAGGUGUUCCAUGUGCCCCUGGAGGAGCGUCGCUACAAGGACAACAGCCAGUUUGGGGAAGGCGAGGAGGCCAAAGUGUGCUUGGACAUCAUGCAGCGGACGGGGGCCCACAUUGAGCUGUCCCUGGCCAAAGACCAGGGCCUGUCCAUCAUGGUCACCGGCAAACUGGACUCUGUCAUGAAGGCUCGCAAGGAAAUCGUAGCUCGCUUGCAGACGCAGGCCUCAGCUACCGUCGCCAUCCCCAAGGAGCACCAUCGUUUUGUCAUUGGUAAGAACGGCGAGAAGUUGCAGGAGCUGGAGCUGAAGACCGCCACCAAGAUUGCUAUUCCACGUCCCGACGACCCGAGCACCAACAUCCGCAUCACCGGCACCAAGGAGGGCAUCGAGAAGGCUCGCCAUGAAAUACUUCUGAUCUCUGCUGAACAGGACAAGCGUGCAGUUGAGCGUCUGUCCCUGGAGAAGGUCUUCCACCCCUUCAUUGCCGGCGCACACAACCGGCUGGUGCAAGAGCUGAGCCAGGAGACGGGCGCUCGCAUCAGCAUCCCCCCACCCAGCCUGCCCAAGGACGAGAUCGUCAUCACCGGGGAGAAGGAGGCCGUAGCCCUGGCGCUCAGCCGCAUCCGAGCCAUCUACGACGACAAGAAGAGGAAGACCACCACCAUCUCUGUGGAGGUGAAGAAGUCUCAGCACAAGUACAUUAUAGGUCCAAAGGGCAACACCCUGCAGGAGAUCCUGGAGACCACGGGGGUGUCUGUGGAGAUGCCUCCUCUGGACUCCGGAUCAGAGACCAUCAUCCUCAGGGGGGAGCCUGACAAGCUGGGGCCGGCUCUCACACAGGUGUACGCAAAGGCAAAGAGUGUGAUGGUGGUGGAGGUGACCGCUCCGGCCUGGCUGCAUCGCUUCAUCAUUGGCAAGAAAGGACAAAACAUUGGGCGGAUCACACAGCAGCUACCACGGGUUCACAUAGAGUUUACGGACGGUGAGGAGCGCAUCAGUCUGGAGGGGCCAACAGAGGAGGUGGAGCAGGCUCAGGCCCAGAUACAGGAGAUCAUCAAGGACCUGCUGGUGAGGAUGGACUACACUGAAGUCAUCAUAGACCAGCGUUUCCACAGACACCUCAUCGGAAAGAACGGAGCCAACAUCAAUCGGAUCAAGGAGCAGUACAAAGUGUCGGUACGAAUCCCCCAAGACUCUGAGCGAAGUGGCCUGGUGCGGAUUGAGGGAGACCCGAAAGGAGUCCAGCUGGCACGCAGAGAGCUCAUUGAGAUGGUCCAGAGAAUGGAGAACGAGCGCACCAAAGACCUGAUCGUGGAGCAGAAGCUCCACCGGACAAUCAUCGGCCAGAAGGGAGAAAAGAUCAAAGAAGUUCGAGACAAGUUCCCUGAGGUUAUUAUCAAUUUCCCUGACCCGUCGCAGAAGAGUGACAUCGUUCAGCUGAGAGGGCCGAAGAACGAGGUGGAGAAAUGUGCAAAGUUCCUCCAGAAAAUCAUCGCCGACCUGAUUGAGAACAGCUUCUCGCUCUCCGUUCCCAUCUUCAAGCAGUUUCACAAAAACAUAAUUGGCAAGGGCGGCGCCAAUAUCAAAAAGAUCCGUGAAGAGACCAACACUAAGAUCGACCUGCCGACAGAGAACAGCAACUCCGAGAUGAUCGUCAUCACAGGCAAGAAGAACAACUGUGAGGCAGCCAGAGAUCGGAUCCUCGCCAUCCAGAGAGAACUGGCCAAUAUUAAGGAGAUGGAGGUCGCCAUCCCCGCCAAGCUGCACAACUCUCUGAUCGGCUCUAAGGGCUGCCUCGUCCGCUCCAUCAUGGAGGACUGCGGCGGCGUCCAUAUCCAUUUCCCCUCCGAGGGCUCCGGCUCGGACAAGGUCACCAUCAGAGGGCCCGCCGUUGAGGUGGAGAAGGCCAAGAAACAGCUGCUGCAGCUGGCUGAAGAGAAGCAAGUCAACAACUUCACAGCAGAGCUUCAGGCAAAACCAGAGUACCAUAAGUUCCUGAUCGGCCGUGGAGGGGCCAAUAUUCGCCGUGUGCGGGACAAGACCGGGGCUCGCAUCAUCUUCCCGUCACCAGAUGACACCGAACAGGAACUGAUCACCAUCGUAGGGAAGGAGGAAGCUGUCCGUCAGGCCCAGAAGGAGCUGGAAAGUCUGGUCAAAAACCUGGACGACGUGGUGGAGGACAACAUGACCGUAGAUGUUCGUCACCACCGCCACUUUGUGUGUCGGAGAGGCCAGGUGCUGCGGGAGCUGGCGGAGGAGUACGGCGGAGUAGCCGUGAGCUUCCCUCGAACCGGAGCCAACAGUCAGCGGGUCACUCUGAAGGGAGCCAAGGACUGUGUGGAGGCCGCCAAGAAACGUAUCCAGGAGAUCAUCGAGGACCUGGAGUCCCAGGUGAUCGUGGAGGUGGCCAUCCCUCAGCGCUACCACCGAGCCAUCAUGGGACCUAAAGGUUGCCGCAUCCAGCACAUCACCAGGGAGAACGAGGUCCAAAUCAAGUUCCCUGAGAGAGACGACAGCGCUGCAGGUCAGGAGGCUCCACCACAGGAAAACGGUGAGGUCAGUCCAGAGGCGGAGUUUGUCGCCCGCAAGUGUGACCUCAUCACCAUCGCUGGGCGGGCAGAGAAGUGUGAACUGGCUAAAGCCGCCCUGCUGGCGCUGGUGCCCAUAACAGAGGACGUCGAAGUGUCUUAUGAGCUGCAUCGUUACAUCAUUGGCCAGAAGGGCAGUGGGAUCAGGAAGAUGAUGGAGGAAUACGAGGUGAACAUCUGGGUGCCACAGCCGGAGAAGCAGCUGGAUGUGAUCAAGGUGACGGGUCUGGUCGCCAACGUGGAGCGAGCCAAACAGGGUCUGCUGGAGAGGGUCAAAGAGCUGCAGGCCGAGCAGGAGGACAGGGCCUUGCGCAGUUUCAAGGUAACCAUGUCCGUCGAUCCAAAGUUUCAUCCCAAGAUCAUCGGCCGCAAAGGAGCGGUCAUCUCUCAGAUCAGGAAAGACCACGACGUCAGCAUCCAGUUCCCCGACAAAGGAGACGAGCAGCAGGAUCUGAUCGUGAUCUCGGGGUACGAGCGUAACGUGGAGGAGGCGCGUCAAGCCAUCCAGCAGCUGGUGGCCGAGUUGCAGGAGAUGGUGAGCCAAGAUGUUCACCUGGACCCGAGGACCCACGCUCGCAUUAUCGGAGCCCGAGGCAAAGCCAUCCGCAAGCUGAUGGAGGAGUUCAAGGUGGAUAUCCGGUUCCCUCAGCCAGGCUCCGACGAGCCAGACAAAGUGACGGUGACGGGCCUUCCCGAGACCGUCGACAACGCCAUCGACCACCUGCUCAACCUGGAGGAGGAAUAUAUGCUCAGCGUGACAGAGACGGAGACCUUGGCAGCUUACAUGAAGCCUCCGUCUCGCUACGGUGGGGGAGGAGGAGCAGGAGGAAUGGAUGACAGCAGCGGGGCUCCGGCUAAGGGCUUUGUGGUGCGGGACGCCCCAUGGAACGCAGCAGGGAACAAGGCUCCUGACAUGAGCAGCGCGGAGGAUUUCCCCACGUUUGGGACAGGCGUGGCCCCGAAGCAAGCGUCCGCCUGGGGUCCCAAGAAGUUCUGAAGCCGCUCAUCAGGAGGGAAAAAAAAAAAAACUUGUGUAAAGUAGAUGAUGAGAGAUGAAACAAAUCUCUAAUCAAAUUGCUGCUCGCCUUCCUUCCUCCUGCUCCUCUUCUCUUUAGUGACCUCCCUUUGUCUCUCUUUCUCUGUAAAAACCCUCCCACAACCAGCCACAGUGAAUUCUGGGAGAGAUAUCCCUUCCCCCCUUUUUUUCCCUCAUCUGUCUUUCCUCUUAUUCCCUCCUCCUUCCCCCCUGAGAGAAAAAAACAACAUGGAGUGCUCUCUUCAUAGUUUUGCUGUCCUGCUCUGCCUCUCGGUUGCACCGCUCCAAACGGCCUCGCUGAAAUAUUUCAAAAACGGUUUAUUCACCUCUGACUGCCGAACUCCUCGGAAAAUCAAACUCACUGCAGUACAUUAGAAGUGUUUAAGAUCUGCAGAGGUUGGCUGAAUCAGAGAAGUGGGCUCAGAGAGCACCGGGGAAGUCGCAUAUCCAAAUAAUGAAAGUUAAAUCAUGGAUUUUUAAGCUAAAAAGAGAGGGGAAGUUUGUAAACUAUGACGUCCUGUAAUGUUAUUUCCCUGUGUUUUUUGAAAGGAGGCUCCUCUUUCCAGUCACUAUAGUGGUGCAGCAGGUGAGGCACUGAGCUAUGUGUGUGUGUGUGUGUGUGUGUGUGUGUGUGUGUGUGUUGGUGGGUUCAGGAGAGGUUUUUCCACCCACAAGUGUUUAUAGAUCCCCUUUUUAUUUAUGUAGGAGCUGAGAGCAGAAACAGCUGCUGUAGUCGAGUCUCUGGAGCUUUUCUUUUUAAAAUGACGAUGGAUCAAAAGAUGUGAAACUCCGAUUGUUUGUACUGAAGGUCAUUUUGUCACUACUGUUUAUUUAUUCAAAAAAAAGGAGCCAUUUUAUUUGAACUACUGUGAUCAUGCGUUUUUAUAUAAGCACUCACUGUAGCUUGAUGCUUACAACCUUAUGUUUGGGAGUGAAUGCUGUACGUCAGGGUUUGGGAACAUGUUGUUAUGUGUACAUGUACAAAGAACUUUUCGCUAUUUUUUUAAACUGUGUGGGAUUUUUUUUGUUGUUGGUUUCUGGCAUAUUUGGAAGUAUGUGUGUGUGAGCGUGCGUGGAAGUUAAGAUGUAUAUUUGAAUGAAGCUGAACCAAACUUUUACAUCGUCUUUGUCCGUUUGUCUCUCUUCUCAGAGCUCAUUUAGAGGUUUUUACUCUCUCUGCUCGUCAUUAAAACUUGAGUUUCUUUCAUGCACACAACGCUGCUUAAAAUCUGACCUUCCCUGCCACAAAAACUCAGUAUCAACAGCUGCACUUUGGUUUUCUCUCAUACAAGUGCUUCAUGUAUUUAGUGAUAUUUUGUAGCAAAAACCUUUGUUGACCCUUUUUUUUCUUUUUCUUAGUCAAAGUGAUGUGUCCUGUUACUAAACAGUACUAUUGACCCAGAUUUCAAUCCGUUAAAUCAAAGCUUUCUUGUGCCUGGAGUCUUAAAUGAAUCUUUAAACAGUUUUGGAAAUACACUUACUUGCUUUCUUUACGAAAAUUAAGAGAAGAUUGUUGUCACUCUCAAGUCUAUACGACUAGUACAGAGGGUAAAGUGAAGAAAAUACACGUACACCUCUAUAACAAACUAAUUUACAAGAUAAAUCUAGUUCUUUUGAUAUGAAUACGAACAGAAAUGCAAAAAAAAAAGUUUUGCAAUAUGUAUGUCCAGCUGAACUUUUGUUCAUCAAUCAGUACUACCAGCAACAGUUAACACCUCUGAAACAAUGCAUUUGAUUUAAACAAAUAAGAUACAACUUGAUUCUUUAUUUAUUGGUGAGCUUUAGAUGUAUUUAUUUUUAUGUAUUUUUAUUUUUAUUUUUAUUUUUAUCAUGUAAACAGAGCUACACUAUCUGUUUCCCUGGCCACAUUAUGGACCUCAGCACCUUAGCCCUGCAGUGGUGGAAUGUAACUAAGUACAUUUACUCAAGUACUGUACUUAAAUACAAUUUUUAUGUACUUUUACUUUACUUGAGUGUUUCCACACAGUUAUGUAACUUUAUACUUCUACUUCACUAAAUUUUGAGGUAAAUAUUGAACUUUUUACUCCACUACAUUUAGCUGACAGCUUUAGUUAUUUUUCAGGUCAAAAUUUAACAUAAAAACAUGAUCAAUUUAAAAUGAUUAAACAUUUUUAUAAAUUAAAGCACAUAACAGUAUAUUAAGUAGUUAAAAUGACGCUGCUUACAUAAAUGCAUCAAUAAUAAUAAUAAUACAAUAAUCUAUUAAUAAUAUAUAAAACAAUCUGAAUGGGUCCAUUCUGCAUAAGGAGUACUUUUACUUUUGAUACUUAAAGUACAUUUUGAUGCUGAUGCUUUUGUACUUUUACCUAAGUAAGUUGUGAAUGCAGGACUUUUGCUUGUAGUGGAGUAAUUUCACAGUGUGGUUUUAGUACUUUUACUUAAGUAAGGGAUCUGAAUACUUUUUUUCACCACUGCUUUAGUGUUUAACUGUGAUUUGGUCAUGUCACAUCCUCUACGCUAACCUAACUACCAGCUUCAGAUCAACUUUUUGAUCACAAAAAUUAGGAUUUUCCUUCAUAAUUAGUAGAAAUAUUGACUUAUUUCACAAAGAUGAUAUUUGUGCUCAUAAAAAUACUCAAUAUUCAUGUUAUUUGGGUACUGGCUCAACCCUCUUAACCACUUUCAGACUCCAGCUAUGUACUAGUUGUAAAGAAAUUAGAUUGAUCUUGAUCUAAUAAUCUACCUCUCGGAAAGAAAGCAAGUUUCUCAAAAUGUCAAACUAUUUAGAAGGGCCAGGAAGAGCUCAGGACCAGAUUGGCAGCUCAAAGUUAGACACAAGAACAAAAAAAGAAAACUCAGGGUCCAAUUUAAAAGUCAAAGCUGGUGCAGAAAUGACUCUUUAAGCUGGCGACAGAUUAGUAAACGAAACCGACUAUGCAAACCAACAGGAUCAUACUGUACUUCGCUGCAAUUAUGGCUUCAUUAUAGUUACGUUUGUGGGACAGCAAACUAGUAAUUUGUUUAUUUUUAGUUGUUGAACUCUUCGCUGAGUCUCUGCAUUUUGAAAUUACUUGGUGUGUGUCUGUUCUUAAAUGGUAGGACAGCGCUGCCCCCGAAGCAGCCACUAUUUCUGUAAAAAGCUAUGAAAAAACCCACUAUUGGCCUUAAUGAGUAAUUAGUCUACAGCAUUUUGGAAAAGGUGUGAUUGAGUAAGUAUGCAACACUGCAAUAACAUGUCAGUGACCGGACUUUUUUCCUACUCUAAAUAAAAUUAAAUAAAAAAAGGAACCAAAA